AGCUGAUUAAAGUUCCCUCAAUUUUAGCAUUUCGUUAAUUUUAAGUAAAAAUAUAAUUUUUAUAAAUGGAAAUUACAUUGGCGCUGCUGAAACCACAUGUAGUUCGCAAUGUCUACGCAUUCCGAGAGAUAAAACAAAUAAUACAGCAGAAUUUUAAAAUACUACACACCAAAGAAGUGCUUAUUACGAAAGAGUUGUCUGAACAUUUCUAUGCCGAGCACAAAGGAAAGUUCUUCUACAACCGACUGGUGACAUUCAUGGGCAGUGGCCCCUGUCAGGCGUUCGUUUUGCAGUCAAAAGGCAGCAUCGCUAAGUGGCGCGAGUUGAUGGGCCCAACAAAGGUUUUCAAAGCUGUGUACUCACAUCCCGAUUGUAUACGUGGGCUUUAUGGUCUCUCCGACACGCGUAAUGCCUGUCAUGGUUCCGAUAGUGAAGAAUCUGCGACCAGAGAAAUUUCUAUUUUAUUCCCCGAGUUAAAUAUAAAUCAAUUAACGGCUAUUGACAGCAAUAGUUGACUGAGGAAUUAUGUUAACUUGAAACUGAUUGUGAAUGCAUUUAUUUGAGCACAAGUAGCUGAUAAAAUCCAAAUAGAUUAACAUUUCUAAUUACUAAGUUAUGUAAAUGUUAGCAAGAUUGUUAAAAUGAA